AUGAUGGCUGUUGAAAUCUCACCCAACACCUCACAACUUCGCACCUCCAUUUCAAACGAUAUGCCCUCUCCGUCGCGUACGACUUUGGAAAGCAUUCUCUCGGGCGAGUCACCAAAGCCGUACACAUUUAAUGCUUUCCUGGAUUUCCUACAUCAGAACCACUGUGAAGAGACGUUGAACUUCAUCUCGGAAGCGAAAGCGUACCCAGGUGUCUACGGCACGCACUGGUCUUCUCCGGACAAUAGCAUCGUCAUUCAAGACCCUAUUAUUGUUGGAAAGCAAUGGACGUCCCUCAUGGGCACCUAUAUUUUGCCCGGGUCUCCCAGCGAAAUUAACCUGCCAGGUUAUAUCCGUGAAUCGCUCCUUGGAAUUUUGGAUGUGACCAUCCUACCACCCCAUCCAGAUCAACUAGACUCUGCCCUUGAUCAUGCCUAUGAAAUUCUCACACACGAUGCCUUGAUCCCAUUCAUAAGAAGUUUCAGCCUGGGUGAUGAUCGGCCACUGGAUUCAGAAUCUCAUUCCAAUACGACAACAUAUUAUGGGGGUUUUGUUCACACGUUUUCGCGAAGAUACAGCUCACCGAGCAGGAACAAGUCACCUUCCCCUACUGAGUCUUCAACGAAAAGUACUCAGGAAAUCCAGCCUCCGAGAGGCUUCCGAGUACCGCCGUCAUUAUACAAUUUCUCUUGGGUCAAAUAUGUUGGCGGAUUCGGAUACUCCAGAGGCCAAAAUCCGUGA